AUGCGCGAACGAGUCACCUUUGUCCAGGGCCCUGGCGCCGACUUCGAUCCCACGGCGCUGUCGAUCAAGGAUUCCGGCCUGCAGGGCCCCAACCUCGAGGCAAGCCGGCAGGAUCGGCUGACAUUCGAGCUGGACGAGCUGCCCCAGGGACUCGCCGGCCUGUUGAAGGGGUACCGAGAACUGCACUUGAAAUGGACGAGCCCGCUCAACUACGACACAGUGGAUCCCUUCAGCUCCCGUACAUCGCCAGGCCUUCAUGUCUUCUGUACGCCGUCGACGCGAGCGGCACAUGACCCGUUGGUGCAGUCCUCCUCUCCUGCUUGUCGGCAUACUGACGGCACGCAGCGAGCAGCUCUGCUUACUCUUGCGGACGCUCGGCGUACUGGACUGCACGCAGACCCACAGUCGCUCUACUUCUUCCAACAGCUUGAGGACCUUUCUGCCUUGGUCAGCGACUCUGACAAGCACAGACUGUGCCCAAAGACCGACUCUCUUUGCCAGAAACGGUUGCGGGCCUUGAGCACUGCCGCGACGGUGGAUUUGUCGUACGGCGUCGCUUCUGGCACGAUCAAGAUUUCGGCCUUUUGGCCUCUGAAGGAACGCGCCGUCGACGUGUCACGAUUGUCCAAACAGAGAACCGAAGUCGGCAUAUUUGCCAAGGACGCACCGCCCAAUAUUGAACCGCACGAACUUGGAGUCUCCGGCCUCCUGGCAGUCUUGGGCGAGCAAACGGAGCCGUCUCCGGCCUUGUUUUCUUACCCAUCUCGCCACAGACGAAGCGAUGCCUCAUUUUCAUCCCAAUUCUUGACGCCCGCAGGACUACAUCCAACCCUGCAGCUGAGGAUAUCAUCCAACAAGCCGCCCGUUCCAGAUGCCGAAUGCGCCCUCCACGCGUACUUUACCUUUCCCAAGUUCAUAUUUGCCGACCGGUAUCAGUACGAAGACAAGUUGUUUCUAGCCUCCAAGAACCUGACGGCGUCCCGAUAUGCAAGCCUUCCCGUUGAUCUAGAGGCGCCGGCGUACACGACAAAUACGUGGGGUUCUACCGUCCUGUUGGAGCUGGCCCCUCCUGUCUCGGACGAAGGCUCGGCAUGGACGGCCGAGAUGCCACUCCACCUUCGAUACCUCGAACCGUCCGCCAGCGGGUACGUGCCCAUCGAAGUCCCCUACCCGGCCGUGUUCUGGGCCUGCGACUCCGGCACCGAUGCCGACUUUUCCACCAACCCCUUUGAUCGCAUGCAGCUCGGAUACGAUGAACUGUUUGACUCGCAAGCCAUGUUUUGGCACCUCACACCGCGGCCCGAAAGCGGAAACAGGAUCAUGAGCCCCAUGGCAGUUCCUGUCCUAAAAACAGCGGGAGAGGACUGGGUCGGCAUUGGAACCGCCCUCGCCGUCGGUCUGGGCUUUGCCUGGGUGCUGUGGAAGCUGGUUGGCGUCUACGUGGCGGGAGGCUACAGAGCCAAGCCAGCCACAACCUCGAGGGACAAGAAGGACAAGUAG